AUGAUCAAACCUGACCCUAAUAACACUUCAACCCAUCAAUCAAAUCCAAUCCAAUCGAUUCCUAAAAUCAUCUUAAAAUCAAAAUAUUCUAAUUUAUCCAACUUUUUAUUAUUUUGUAUGAUUCCUACUUCUUUACUUGGGAUUGCUAUUUGGCCUAUCUCUUUAUUCUUUUCUUUUUUACCUAUCUUUUCUUUAGUUUCAAUUCCUAGUUUUAUUUUUAUUUCAAUCUUUUUACUUUUUAGUAUUUCUUCAAUUCCUUAUUUAUUAUUUGCUCAAACAGAUCCACCAGAAGGUUCUAGAAUCUUAGUAUUACCUUUAUCACCUCUUAGAGCAUGGCGAGUCUUACGAACGAUCAUUCAACAAUCCUUUGAAUUCUCAAAACUAGGUUUAAUCGAAUUACUCUUAGAUUAUUCAUAUCGAAGGAUCAUCGUCAUAGGUGGUAAUAAGAAGAUCAAUUCCAAAAUCUUAAAAGAAAACAUUUCAUAUCGUACUACAACUACUUCAACUCAAUCUAAAUCAAAUCGAUUAGAUAUUUAUUUACCAAUCGAUUGGUCACCUAUCUCAAGAUCUUAUCCAACUCAAUCUUCUUCAAUUCAUCUUCAAAGUUUUGAUCUAUCUCAUUCUAGUGAUUUGGAAAUCCAUUCAGAUGAUUCAGAUUCGGCUCAGAUCCCGGCUUCAGCUUUGGCUCCUGUGAUCGUCUUUCUUCAUCCAGGUGGUUGGUCUAUCACUUCUAAAGGUCUUUAUAUUCAAUUGGCUCUUAGGUUUCGUAGACUUGGGUUUUGUGUGGUAGUACCUAAUUUUACUCAGUUUCCUGAAGGUAGAUGUGAGGAUUCGAUAGCUGAUAUCCGACAAGCUCUAGCAUGGGUCCAGAGAUCAGCGCAUCAAUAUGGUGGUGAUGGGAAUCGAGUCUACCUACUCGGCCACGGCUCAGGAGCACAUCUAGCCCUCUUAACAGUAGUCCAAGACGCAGUGAUCCAUUCACGAGACCAUGCACCAUCACAAGCGAUGAUUCCAAGUGGAUUGAACCGAUUAACUCACUCAAAUGAUCAGUAUACUACUUCAAAUCAAAUCGAAGGAUUGAUCUUGAUGUCUGGAAUUUAUGAUCCUAUUAAACAAGUUCGAAUCGAAGCUAAAUUAGGUUGGGAAAUGGUUUCGACGCUGCGUAGAGCUUUGGGACCGAGUCAUGCUCAAACUUUGUUGAACUCGCCUAAUCAUUUGUUGUUUGCUUCGAAAGAUUUUUUACAAGUUGAUAGAUUACCUUCUAAAGUUUUAUUGAUUCAUGGUGGUCGUGAUACAAACGUACCGAUCGUUCAAAGUGUUUUAUGUAAAACUUUAUUGGUGGGAAUCGGUUUAAAAGAAGUUAGAUUAAGGGCUUAUCGAGAAUUAGGUCAUCUUGAUUCACUUCUUUCGAUUAUGAUUGAUGGUAGAAGAUAUGGUAAUUUGAUUGAUGCUGAAAUCGUUUCACUUGUAACUUCUUAA